AUGUCUGUCAUCAGGACCAGUCUGCUGCUCGUGUGCGUCCUGCUACACGUCUGUAGCGUAACGUCGGAGUCUGACAGAGAGACGUGUUAUUCCCGACAACAUCGAGGUGUCACUGUGAACAUACGUUUGGCUCUAACCAAGGGAACAGUGAUGAUUCCCCUGGAGAAGCCAUCAGAGAAAGACUGCAUCCUGACCUGCUGCUCAGAAGAUGUGAAGCCAGGUGUGAAAUGUAAUCUGGUGGUGUAUAAACCAGUGGAAGAGUCCGGCGGAGAAAACUGUCAUCUGUUCAACUGUCCAAGCGAGCAGGACUGUCCUCUCAUGGUCGCUGAUGCUGGAGUCAACACCUACAACAUAUUCAGAGGGUUAACUCAUCCAACAACUAAAGUUAAUGGAAGAACCACAGCCAAACCUGCGACUGCUGGAAACACACAACUGAGCACCACAACACCACAAACAACAACCACCACCACCACAACACCACAAACAACCACAACACCGCAAACAACAACCACCACAGCACCUACAACACCACAAACAACUACAACACAACAAACCACAACAUCACCUACAACUACAACACAACAAACAACUACAACACAACAAACCACCACAUCACCUACAACACAACAAACAACAACAACACAACAAACCACCACAUCACCUACAACACAACAAACCACAACUACCGCAACAACCACCAUCACGACAUCAGCAGCAGACACCGAAGAAGAUCCGACAGAGACACAUGUUUUAUUUCUAACCACACAUAUGACGAGCACUACAACCACCACACAACCUACAACAACAACACAAAGCACAAGCACCGUCACUAAAGCACGAGUCCACCAGCGGCCUGCUGUCAAACCCAACAGAAGACCCAACAAACCCAUGAGGGGUCCCGAGUCACGUUCAUUCAAGCCCACCAAAGCCAAAACCCCCACAGCUCAGCCAACAACUACAACUCCCACCACAACCACCACUAUCAUCACCACGACAACAACCAGCACCACCAUCAUGACAUCAUCAUCAUCAGCGGUGUCUCCGGCGAGUGCAGGGACUCCUGUGGUUCUGCUGAACACGGAGUCAAAGCAGCGAGCUGUGGAUGUGUCCUCUGCUCUGGGGAAGAACAGAUUCUCACGCAUGAUGUGGAAGAACAGUCUGGUGGCCGUCGUGGUGAUCACCUUAAUCUUUCUCCUUCUCAUUCUGGCUUUGGUGGCUCGUAAAGCGAUGGAGUCCUUCGACCGGCGUCACUACACCAGACUGGAACUCAAUGACCUUCAUUACGAAGUUUGA